GUUAAAGGGUGUAGGUACAUUUAUCACCUGAGGGCUCUAGUUUGGGCAUAUAUGACUAACUGAGUCUCCUAUCCUCUUUGGCGGUCUCUAAUUGAUAUAGCAACCUUGCAAGAUCAAUAAUCAUGUGUGACACCAUGUCUGGACCUCUUGACCGACACCUAAAACCUGUCCCUGAAGAAAACUCCGAGGAGGAAAGGAAAACAAGGCUUGGGUCUCUUAAGCAGAAGGCAAUUAAUGCCUCCACCAAGUUUAGGCAUUCCUUUACAAAGAAGGGUCGAAGGAACAGUAAGGUAAUGUCUGUCCCUAUUGAGGACAACAUUAAUGCGGAGGAGUUACAGGCAGUGGACGCAUUCCGCCAAGCACUUAUCUUGGAAGAACUAUUGCCCUCAAAACAUGACGAUCAUCAUCUGAUGCUAAGGUUUUUAAGGGCCAGGAAAUUUGACAUUGAGAAAGCAAAGCAGAUGUGGACUGAUAUGCUUCAAUGGAGGAAGGAAUUUGGUGCUGACACUAUUAUGGAGGAAUUUGAAUACAAGGAAAUUGAUGAGGUUUUGAAAUACUAUCCCCAAGGCCAUCAUGGAGUUGAUAAGGAGGGAAGACCUGUCUACAUUGAGAGACUUGGUCAAGUGGAUUCAACCAAGCUGAUGCAAGUCACAACAAUGGACCGUUAUGUAAAAUACCAUGUACGGGAGUUUGAGAGGACCUUCGUCCAUAAAUUCCCUGCAUGUUCCAUUGCAGCAAAGAAGCACAUUGAUCAGAGCACCACUAUUCUUGAUGUACAAGGAGUGGGGCUUAAAAACUUCAAUAAAUCUGCGAGGGAACUUAUUCAGUGCCUUCAGAAGAUUGAUGGCGACAAUUAUCCUGAGACCCUGAACCGUAUGUUCAUCAUUAAUGCUGGUUCUGGAUUUAGGCUUUUAUGGAACACUGUCAAAUCUUUCCUUGAUCCCAAGACCACUGCAAAAAUCAACGUUCUUGGAAACAAAUACCAGAGCAAGUUGCUUGAAAUAAUUGAUGCUAGUGAGCUGCCAGAGUUUUUGGGUGGCACUUGUACUUGUGCAGAUAAGGGUGGUUGCAUGCGUUCCGAUAAAGGCCCAUGGAAUGACCCAGAUAUAAUGAAGAUGGUUCACAAUGGGGAGGGCAAAUGCACAAGGAGAACAUUAUCAGGCAUUGAGGAGAAGAUAAUCUCUGAAGAUGAAAUGUUUUACUCCAAGACAUGUGAUUCUUUCAACUCAAAAAUAGCUCAAAUGGAACAUACAAAACUCUCUCAUGUUCCUAAACAAGUUUCAUUCACCAAAAAAUCCAGUAAGGCCUAUGAGUAUGACAAGUUGAUGCCAAUGGUUGACAAGACCGUGGAUGCAACUUGGUCUAAACCAGUUCAUUAUGAUAAAUUUUCCCACAGUCAAGCUACAGAUUGCUUCCCCUCGCAUAAUGCUUGCAAGUCUUCUGAAGGACUAAGCAGUUACUUACUUUCUGGAAUCAUGGCCUUCAUCAUGGGAAUUGUCACCAUGAUCCGAUUGACACGAGACAUGCCAAGGAAACUCACUGAGGCUGCCCUCUAUGGAAGCCCUGCUUACUGCAAUGGAAUGGGGAUGAAAGCCAAGCAGUUGCCUGCAUCAUCCAUCUCCAGUGACACAUAUAUGAACAUGAUGAAGCGCAUGGCUGAGUUGGAGGAGAAAGUGAAAGUUCUCAGCAUGAAACCAACUAUCAUGCCCCCUGAGAAAGAGGAAAUGUUGAACAAUGCUCUCAACCGAGCCACAGCCUUGGAACAAGAGCUUUCAGCAACCAAGAAGGCACUUGAUGACGCCCUGGUCCGACAGAAUGAGCUUAUAGCCUACCUUGAUAAGAAGAAAAAGAAGAAGAAACUGAAAUUGAACCCAUUUAAAUGGUAAGGUGGUAGCUCCAGUUCUUCUAUUGAAUGAACACUUGAUCAUUCAUUGUUAGCUGCUGGUGGCGAUGUUUUUGAUUGUCAGCCCCAUGGCUGCUUGUGAAUUCAGUCUAUGUUUGCUAGUUUGGUACUGUAACUUAAGGCUUCUGUACAUUAUUAAUUUUCAAGUGUGCCUUGUUUGAGAGUUUGUGUAUAUUUUAACUAAAAAUGGGCACCGCUUUGGUUUCCAGGGUUUUA